ACGCCUUCUCUCCCCUACCAUCUUGUAGAGAAUUCUUCCCUUCCGUUUCGCUGUCCUCAUCACCAACCGCCUUUCACCCCCGCACGACCUCUCGUCUUUACACUCGUUGGGUCGCCUAGUCAGCCAUCCAGCCAACCAGCCAGCCAACAGUCGAAAUCAGCUGACGGCAAGCAGUUGCUACCACGGCUCCUCAAACGUGAUAUUGUUCAGGCGAGUGAAUUUGUUUGCUUUUUCGCUGAUUCUUUGUUCCUUUCUGUUUCUUCUUACGAUCAUUAUAAUGUUAAGUGUUUUGUCCAUAUUAACAACAGUAUUUUGAAGCUUAAUAUACUUGACAUAACUGACGAAAGUGUCAACGAAACAACAUUUCUUCCAUAAUUAUUGCUUUAAUCUAUAUUGCCAUUAUUGCACGCGCGUUUGUCACGGUUACGAUGAUUAUUGACGCAUCGAGUGACGCAUGAGAGACUUUGGAGAAAAAACUAUCAGUUAUACGAACUAUAUCAGCGAAUUCUGAUAAAAGUGGUUAUUUUUAUAUUUGUGUAGUAACUCGUUUGUCAAAGCUAUAUCACAGCAUAAGACGAUAACAGAAUGUUGGGCAAUUUUGUUGGUUACUUGUUCGGAAGUAACUACUCUGGCACGCAGGAUUCGCUCGAGGAAGAUCCUAGAACUCGAGGGAUAAUGCGGAGAUUCAGGCAAGUGGAAGUCGAGGACGAUGAAUGGAUCCUUAUUGACCGAACUGUUGAGGGUACGCUGGAGGAGCCGUGGUAUGAAAUGCCACCUGCAGUGUUCACGCAGGAAGGACCCGUGAAAGUGGCAACUUCGCCCAUGGAAAAUCUAUUGAUAGAGCAUCCUAGCAUGUCCGUCUAUUCCGUCGUGUCAGGGACAAUAACAUCUCCUAUCGCACCAGACACUCCGCCUCCCUCACCGGACGGAUGGAUGAAAAGCCAAAAAGAUGUUGGUGUGUUACAUAACGCUGAUGUUUUUCAAGAAAUUCCUGCAGUACCGCCAGCUGAUCUCUCAUCCUCCACAACCACGUUGUGUACCAUGCCCACAUCUUUAGAUAGCAGUUCAAAUCGAAAUAACAUUGACGAACUCUCACGCAGAGUGGUUGCAGAAUUGCAAGCCAUUCAUAAUGACAAAUUAUCUACGUCUGAUAGCAAUAACAACCAAGCUAGAAUUGGAAAUCAACUUCGUUCUGCUCAGGAACGAGCUCAGGAGGUGCUAAAGAAGCGCACAACUCAGAAUCUGAAGAAGGCCCGUCUAGAAAGAAACAAUAAAGUGCGUCAGAUAAAAGGCAAGCGACUUCGUCGCCAAGACCGUUUACGUGUUCGUCAUAGUGGCGCGAAUAAUAAUCGAAAAUGCUAGUCAUCCGAUCUCAGGUCAAGAUGUACUUAAGUUUCUUCCUAAAAUGACCAAUAUUAUGAUAUAUAGUUAUUCGGUAAAAUACUUUGUUUCAAUGGCGAAAAAUAGAGCGAUAUAUUUAUAAGAAUUGUGAAAGUCCAGUAAGCACACAUGUUAACAGUUUACCAAUAGAUUUGAACAGAAUAUUGCGACAAAUCGACAUCAAUUGUAUUUGUAUUAAGCUCGCAUAUCUUACCAGCAGAGUACCAAUAUAGAAACUGAAAAGAAUUUGUUAUUCCGUAAUUAUUUAAAUAAAAUAUAUUGUAUUUAAAUGAUUACGAAAUGGUUUAUUUUGCUCAAUUAUUAUAUUCUGUUAGCACAUUCUGUUAUUUCUACUGGCAUUCUGUCGAUAAAAUUUGUAGCAGACUUUAUAAAAUCUGUUUUCGACAGAUAUGGCUAUCUGAGAAAUUUGUUCAUUAUGAGACAGAGAGUUUAAUAGCCUUAGAGAUCUUCAAGUAAGAAUUUGAUUUUUUAUAUCGAAUAUGGUAACAAUGUUUAAAUAAUCAUCAGUAAGUAAAGCUCACUGAUUAGAUCAAUGAUUGAUAUGUAGAAAAUAAUGAAUUAUCAAUUCUAUUCAAUUACUUUUUUGAGCACAAAAAUGAGAAUAAUUAUUUUCCAUAACUUUUUUUAAACAUUGAAUAUGAUCUUGUUUAUCAAAAUGCUUUCUUACAAUUUUGAAAAAAUUUAUGGUUAAAUAAAUUACAAAAAAAUUAUUUUAAUUUAUUUGGGCAUAUUAUCUAUGAUAUAUUGGAGAAGUUUUAUUGUAAUCAAAAUUAAAUAUGUUAUUGAGACUUUUAGUUUAAAAAAAAAAAUUUAUUUGCAUCAAUUAUGAUUAAAAAGUUCUUUGUAAUUAAUAUGAAAGCUAUUGUAUUGGCCUGUGUAAAUUGUAACUUUGACUAAGAUCUUAUAUUAAUCAUAAAUAUAUUUUUUUAACACAAUCAAGCAACAAAUUCCUUUGGGCAAGAAGUCGUAAUAUGUAGCAAUAAAAUUUCUUUAACAUAUUACAUAUCAUAAUUGUUAUAUGUAUAUCAAAAUUCAGAGUUGCCACAGGCCUGAAAAACCAGAAAAAUGAAAAGUCAUGUAAAUUUAAAUUGGUCAGGAAAAACUCGGAAAAAUCAGGAAAAGAUAUAAAAAAGUCUGGAAUUUGGAACUUUACUCAAUUUCGUUAAAGAUGCUGAAGUCGUCUGUUUUAUCGUCGAAACGCGAUAAUUUUUGUACAUAAUUGUUUCCGUUUAUAUUGCUUUUUCAGAUUUGAAAAUCCUUUUCCAGAAAGUAUAGAUAAUCGGAAUGACAGUAAUAGAAUGUGAAUGAAACGAUUUUUUUUACAAAAUGGAAAAAAUUUUGAAAAUUACGGUUUUGUUCGAUUUAUUAUUGCGAUCGAAAAUAUUUGAACAUUUAGCGAGAUUAAAACUUAGUUGAAAUAAUUAAAAACAAUUAAUUGAUCGUAUAGAAAUUUCUGCAGAAAUCUUUCUGUUUUUAGAAUUAAGUUUUUAUUUAAUCCCGAAGCAACGGAAAAUUCAGUUGCACCAAAGAAAUUUUUUUCUGUGAUUUAAAGCACAAUGUCGAAACGACAAUGUUAAAGCAAUGUUAACAAUUUGACAUAAAUGUGCAUUUGGAAUUAUAUUACGUUAUUAAAUUUCUAAAUUUGUGUUGCUUCUAAUAAUAUAAAUUAUUUAUUAUUAUUCUGCAAUAUCUUAUAAACAUUAAAAUUUAGAAUUAUAUAUUUGAUACUGGUUAUGAAAAAUUUUCCACUGUCGGUCGUCUGAAAAACAUGGAAAAGUCAAGAAAUUUCAAAAUUUAUUUUUUGUGGUAUUGAAAUAAUCCUUUUUGCAGCUUUCAUCGCAAAUUUUUUAAAGAUAUUAAUAAUACUAGAGAAAGAACUUAAUAAACAGGAUUGUAUUAAAAACCAAAAAACUAUAGAAAGCGAUAACUUUCAUUCUUGUGCGUUCUUUUUGAACAGUAUUAUUAUAUGCAUGGCUGUAAUAACUUAAACAUGAAUUAUUAAUGAUUUUUAAGAACUUUUUUGUAAAUUAUGAAAAGAAAACAUUAUAUUCAGUUUAAUUCUUUGAGAUAAACUAGAUUAAGUAAUCAAAAAUUAAAUUUUUACUCGAGGGUCUCUAAUUUUAUUUUAACUUUUAAAAAAUCGAAAUAUAAGGAUUAAUUUUAUCAUCGAUUUAUAAUUGUAUGAAUCAAAUAGCAAAGCAUUUUUUGAAACUAA